CCAGUGGGGCGGAGAGAUUGCGUUGCGGUCGUGCGGCUGCGUCCCUCCUCCCGUUCCCGGACUCUACGCCCCGCGGAGAACGAAGCCGCCGCGGCGCACGGAUUCACCGAGGCCAGCGACGGCGGCAACUGCUCCUCCCCUCUUACAAGGUUACACGAUGUUUUCUGUGAGGUGCGGGCCGCCUGCAUUCGCCUUUGGAUUGGAAAGGGCUGCCAUUACGCAUCCUUCAAAGUUCAGUACUUUAGUGGUAUGUGGUGCCAGGGGCCCGAGGCCAAGAUAUCCUCGUGUGUGGAAAACUCGCAAGAGAAUCGGAACCGUUUCCAAGUCUCAAAAGCUUGUCGAAUGUGUUAAAGGCUUGUCUAAUGUAAAGGAGGAAGUAUAUGGUGCUCUUGAUUCAUUUGUUGCAUGGGAAUUGGAGUUUCCCUUGAUAGCAGUAAAGAAGGCACUUAAGACCCUUGAAGAUGAAAAGGAAUGGAAACGGAUAAUUCAGGUUAUUAAAUGGAUGUUUAACAAAGGUCAAGGAAAGACAAUGGGAAGUUAUUACACUUUGUUGAAUGCUUUGAUUGAGGAUGGACGAGUGGAGGAAGCAGAAGAGCUGUAUGGAAAAAUAUUCUCACGAUAUUUGGAGGGUUUGCCUCAUACCUUUUUCAUGAGAAUGAUAUCUUUAUAUUACAGACUAGAAUCAUAUCAGAAGAUGUUUGAGAUCUUUGCUGAUAUGGAGGAGCUGGGUGUUAGACCUGACGGUUCGAUUAUCAGAAUGCUUGGUGAGGUAUUCCAGAAGUUAGGGAUGUUGGACAAAUAUGUAAAAUUAAAGAAGAAAUAUCCACCACCAAAAUGGGAAUAUCGACGCAUCAAAGGCAAACGCAUCAGAGUAAAAGUCUACCCAAAAGACGAAAUUGAAGAACCAAUGAGAAAAGCUGGCACAGAUGAAGUGGAAGAGGAAGAAAACAUGGAUGUAGAUAGUGAAUUGGAAGAAGCGGCAAGUGCAGGCCUGGACAGGAAUGUAUUGGACGAAGCAGCUUGUGGAGACCUUGAAUUUGUGUAGUUCAGAGCUUUCCUUUGGUAUUAUUCAUGCCUGCUUCAUCAAAGCAGCGGCAGUCCGGGUAUUGAACAGCUCAUAAUAUUCUUUGGACUGGCCUGACUUUAUUCAAUUGCUUCAGAAAUAAGCUAUGGAUAAUAGUUAGUUUUUGAAGACCAUAUCUUGGACCUGAGGCAGGACACCAUUGACGUCUUUUGGCUUCACAGAUCUACCAGUGAAGAUUCUGCCUUCCCACCAUGUGCAGCGCAGAUGUGCUGCUUCUGUGUGCAAUGUGAUUAAUAUGUUGGUUGAACUGGUUGGUCGUUGCUGAGACAGAUGGUGUCAAUAUCCUCGUAGCCACUAUACACGAUAUGCUGUCUCUCCAAUGGAAGCUUCCGCAUGCAUGGACGUGACCGUGUCGUCCAUCCAUUUCAGCCUUUCAGGGAGGAAGAACAUGUUGACUGUUGAUAGAAACAUGUAGUAGUACCUUAGUAUCUUCUAUCAGUAGUAUUAUCUAUUGUAGGGAAGCAGAUCCUCUAAUGUGAACUUAUGCUUGACGUGGUCAUUGGCAUGUGAGCCUGUGGAUGGUGAAGCCCACAUGUCAGUAACCACGUCCUUUUAACUUCACAUUAGAUGAUCUUAAUCCGUACCAGAGGGCUCAAAUCUGAGACUUUUCACAGAUGUUGCAGCAAUGUUGCUGUGGUAUUGAAGAUGAGCCUUGAUCACUUGCAGUAUCAUCAGACGCAACUGAAGGCACUAGCACAUGCUAGUGGAGUCGUCCAGUCGAACGAUUACUCUCAGUCUACAGUUCCCAGUUACUACU